GUCAUGACCGCAACUAAACAGCGUCCUGUUCGCUUCCAAUUUCUUCACUUUUACUCUCAGCAUCAAUCUCUGUUUUAUGUGUGUGUAUAAGCUAGUUUCAUGGAGUUCUUUAAGAUUAUAUAGAUUUCAUCUUUUGAAAUUGAAGCUUCCAGGCCUUGUAGCUGAAUUGUGUUAGGAUCUGCUAUUUGAUUGGUGGAAAUCUUACACAGAUUUUCAUGUUAUUGGGAGCAGUUAAAUAGUAUUAAUUUUGUUUUCUUUUUCAUUUUAGUUAAUAUAUUUUUCAAAAGAAAUGAAGUUCAGAAAAGGGAACUUGGUGGAGGUUUUAAGAAGAGAAGAUGAUCCAUGUGGCUCCUGGUAUACUGCUAAUAUACUUUCAGCACAUGGUGACAGCUAUGUCGUUCGGUACAAACUGUUUACGGAUCGUAAAGGAAACCAGGUGGUUGAGAACGUGCAAGGGAAGGAUGUUAGACCGCUGCCUCCGUAUGUAAACGGGAAGAAUUGGGUGGUCGGCGAUGUCACUGAGGUGUUCGAUGUAUGGUGUUGGAGGAUAGGAAAGGUUGCAAAGGUGUUAAAUAACAAUGAUUCUUUUGUCAUUAAGUUGUUUGGUUCCAUCCAUCUUAAGGAAUUUCAUGCAUCAAGCUUAAGGGUUAGGCAGGCUUGGCAUGGCAACAAAUGGAUGGUGGUUGGGAAGGUUGCUGGAAGUAAAGAUUUGGACAACAAUUUUAUACCGAAAAUUCCAUACCACGCUGAUUGCUUGCGUUUCAAGACACCAUUACAACAUAAGGGUGGAGCUGAUAAGGUCACCAUGUGCCUGUCCAUUGGAGCCAUACAUAAAGUCUACGGUCAUCAAUCUGAAGAAUUCAACAUCGAUAAGCACUUUGGUGGAAAACUUAAGACAAGGAAAUUGCCUCGUAAAAGAACACAUCCUUUGUUUAAUCGGGUAGAUGAGUUCUCUUACCGACAUGCAGGGAUCGAUGAAAAAUUCAUUAAGCUAUCAACAAAAACUAAUAAUCGGAUGGAAGAUACAAAUCCCAACUGUGUAUAUCAUUCUUCUAGGCCUGUUUGGUCUGCUGAAAACAGUGACAAAUGCUCAGUUGCUAGCUGUAGUUUAAUGGUGUUGCUGAUUUUGGUGGCUGGAUUUCUCUAAAUCAUCGAAAAACAUACCCGAUCAUUCCGAUGCCGAGUCAUCAUUCCCGUCUUUGUGUGUCAAAAGAAACUUACCCUCAUCCCGUGUCGACAAAGUCGUCAAUAUCCAUGAACUAGAGCUUCAUGCUUACAAGUCAACAGUGGAGGCAUUGUAUGUUUCAGGUCCUUUAACUUGGGAGCAGGAGGAAAUGUUGACGAAUCUUCGCCUCUCCCUCAACAUUUCGGAUGAGGAACACCUACUCCAGCUGAGACACCUUUUGUCGGCUCAUGUUCUAUGAUCCGGUCUUGUUCAUGUCUCUUAUGUCUUGUCCAUGGAUGUAAUUGGUUUAAUCAGGCUCCUUAACCAAUGACAGUUUUCGAGACCCCUUAGCUAUUCGGCUACGGCUACCGAGUCUCUUCUUCUGCAGGCGGCACCAUACCUUUGUAGUUAUAUAACUUUUCCGGUGUAUAUAACAUGUAAAGUAUAUAGAGGAAUUGGAGCUUUACAUGUUGAAGCUUAGAGCCAA